GCAUGAUCCCGUCAUAACCCGGACUCGUAUAGAUGUAGCACCGGCUCUGUGAGUUUGGCAUCGCUGCAUAGACCCGAGCAGAUCACAUAAACAGCGAUAAUAAAAUACGUCAAGUCUCAUUUUGGCGACAUCAACGGGGACGGUUCAUCCCUUCAACAUGGCAGAAAACAUAAUCAUCCGUGUCCAGUCUCCAGAGGGAAUGAAAAAAAUCGCCUCAACAAAGCGCGAGACAGCUGCAGCUUUCCUUAAGAAGGUUGCCAAAGAGUUUGGCUUCAGUUCAAAUGGUUUUUCCAUCUACCUGAACCGGAACAAGACUGGAGAGAUCCUGUCACAGAACAAGACCCUCAGCCUGCUGAAAAUCAAGCAUGGCGACAUGCUAUUUCUUUUCCCAUCCUCAGCGGGACCCUCCAGUGAGAACAUGGACACAGCUCAGCCUCACACUUCUUCUUCCUACCCCUCCUUCCCUUCCUCCUCCUCCUCAUCAUCUUCCUUAUCCCGCUCACACUCUGCACCACAGAUCCCAGAGGAUGAGAUUGACCAGUAUCUGUCUAAGCAGGAGGGAAAAAUCUACAGAAACAGAGACCCCCAGCUGUGCCGGCAUGGUCUCAUGGGGAAAUGUGUGCAUUGCGUACCUUUAGAGCCUUUUGAUGAAGACUAUCUGAACCACCUAGACCCACCGGUCAAGCACAUGUCCUUCCACGCCUACAUCCGGAAACUCACGGGCGGAGCAGACAAGGGGAAGUUUGUGGCACUUGAGAAUAUCAGCUGUAAGAUUAAAUCCGGCUGUGAGGGUCAUCCGCCCUGGCCAGAGGGCAUCUGUACCAAGUGCCAACCCAGCGCCAUCACUCUCAACAGACAGAAAUAUCGACAUGUGGAUAACAUCAUGUUUGAAAACCACACCAUUGCUGACCGUUUCCUUGACUUCUGGAGGAAGACGGGUAACCAGCGGAUGGGGUACCUGUACGGACGCUACACUGAGCACAAAGACAUCCCUCUCGGCCUUCGAGCAGAGGUUGCCGCCAUUUAUGAACCUCCUCAGAUUGGAACCCAGAAUAGCUUGGAAUUGAUUGAAGAUCCAAAGGCAGAAGCAGUUGAGGAGAUUGCUGCAAAACUGGGCCUACGGAAGGUGGGGUGGAUUUUCACAGAUCUGCUAUCAGAGGACACCAGGAUAGGCACCGUGCGCUACACCAGAAACAAGGAUUCAUACUUUCUGAGUGCAGAGGAGUGCAUCACAGCUGGACACUUCCAGAACCAACAUGCCAAUGCGUGUCGGCUUUCUCCAGAUGGCCAUUUUGGAUCCAAGUUUGUCACAGUGGUGGCAACAGGCGGUCCCGAUAACCAGGUGCACUUUGAGGGGUAUCAGGUGUCCAAUCAGUGCAUGGCUCUGGUGAGGGAUGAGUGUCUACUGCCCUGCAGAGAUGCUCCUGAACUGGGCUAUGCCAAAGAGUCCAGCACGGAGCAGUACGUCCCCGAUGUCUUCUAUAAGGAUACAGACAAAUUCGGCAAUGACAUCACGCAUUUAGCCCGACCACUGCCAGUGGAGUACUUGAUCAUUGACAUCACAACCACUUUCCCAAAAGACCCUGUGUUCACCUUCUCCUCUACUCUUCGCUUCCCCAUCGAAAACAGAGACGCUUUGGGAGAGACUCAGGACUUCCACAGUUUAGCGACGUAUCUUUCCCAGUGUUCUUCCUCCUCCUCCUUCCUGGGCAUCGUCUCGGAUUUCCACCUGCUCCUCUUUCUUGUCACCAAUGAGGUCAUGCCCUUACAGGACAGCAUCGGACUUCUGCUGGAUGCAGUGAAGACAUCCAAUGAGGAAUUGGCUCAGACCUGGAAGAAAUCAGAGCAAUGGGCCACAAUCGAGCAGCUCUGCAGCACAGUUGGAGGGCAGCCGUCCGGAUCUAUGGAUUAUGCCAUGGGUGGCCCAACUCUCCCACAGUCCUCUUCGGCUGUGUGGUCCUGCCUCCACUGCACCUUUAUGAACCAACCUGGCACCGAGCACUGCGAGAUGUGCAGUUUGCCCCGCAGCUAAAACCCCAAGAAUCCGGGCUGAACCGUACAUCCCACUGGGAACAGCAGUGAGAGUGGGCGUGCUUCCCUGUAUUCCUGCCGUUUUAGUAUGCCUAAUCCUUAACUCCUCCCCUCCCUCACUGACUGUGUCGGAUCUAAACGCCUACGCCAGCCGCGUGCUCGAAUAUGCGCCCAAUCCAACGCUGUGAGCUGCAUCACUUUGAUGAUGAUUGAUGGCCGAAGAUGAUGGGUUGUACCCAUGUAGCACUCUCUGUGUGAGCCCAGUGCAUUCUGGGACUUUUAUUUAGACAAAGCACUUGGGCAAAGCUCUUUUCACCCCACUCAUCUCCCUUUGCGGUCCAAUAUAACCUUUCAGCUCCAUUGGUGAAACAUGAUCAAUUUUUCUGAUAUUAAACGUCUUUUCCCAACUCUCACUGAGGAUGUUGUGUAAAUAAUAAACAGAGAAGGAAUAAUGCUGUUAUUUAAUUUCAAAAGAUUUUAUAUGUUGAGAGAAAUUACUUUUUCAAGCCCAUUUUGAGGUAAAUGUGCAGCUGAAACAUCUUUUUCACAUCACCAUAGUGUUGCAACACUUUCUUUACCUUUUUUUAAUUUUCUUCCAUUAAUUUUUCAUAAUCCUUCACUUUGUUUUGAUGGACGAAGAGUUUCUUUGAGCGUCAGUUCUAAAUGCUUGACUAGAUUGAAGUUUAAAAGGGUUGGUUUGGCUGCAGACCAAGAGUACGGUUCCUUUUCCUUAAGAUUGUAACUGAUUGAUGACUUCUGAAGGCUUAAAGGGAUAGUUCACCCAAAAAUGAAAAUUCUGUCAUCAAAUACUUACCCUCAAGUUGUUCCAAACCUGUAUCAAUUUCUUUCUUCUGCUGAACACAAAAGAAGAUAUUUUGAAGAAUAUGGGUAACAAAACAUUUGAUGGGCCCCGUUGACUUCCAUAGUAAUUUUUUUUUGGUUUGGUUACCGAUAUUCUUCAAAAUAUCAUCUUUUGUGUUUAGCAGAAGAAAAAUUCAUACAGCUUUGGAGCAACUUGAGUAAAUAAUGACAGAAUUUUCAUUUUUGGGUGAACGAUCCCUUUAAGAAGCUAUGCUUUCCACAUUCAUUUGUUUACAUUUGCCUCGUAAAAACUGUAGCCACUCAACUUUGGUGCUGGUACCAUUUUCUGCACCGUUUCACUGUCAUCGGCCUUUCAUUAUCAGUUUCCCCUUCCGUCCCCCUGGCGCUUGUCCAGAUUUCAAUUAUGGAGAUAAUUUUUCCCCCGGCAUUCAGCCCUUGAGGAGCCUAUCUCAUUGCACUUUCAAAGGUUUCUGUCAGGGCCGUUUCUGAAGACCCUCACCCACCUGCUGGCUCCACAUCUGGUGGAGAUAAAGAGAGAUUGACUGAUAGGGAAAGAACAGAGCUACAAUUAUAAAAGCAAAAGUCUAAACUUAGUCAACUUGAUUGACAUCUUUGCCCUUGGAUGUUUUUGUAAACCAGCCUCAUAGAUCUUGUAGAUUGUUCUGUGCAAUCUGGGCAGAUUUUACUGGCUGGACACAGGGUUAUACUGUCUUAUGACAGACUUUUUCAUUUGGUCAUGACUUCCUCAGUGUUUUAGAAACCAGCCCAAAGACAUGAUCUCUUAAAUAUGCAUUCAGGAGAAUUUCAGCCCUCUGAAAUUAUCUAGAUGUUUACAUUGCGCUAUAUUUUGUAGAGUUUCUUCAAUUUCUUGAUUCUCAAACUCACCCAUCAUUUUCGACACUAAAAUCAGUCUAUUGGUUCACUUAGAUAGGCACACAUUGAUCGUUGCCCACAGGAUAAAGUCUGUUUUUGGUUUAAAAAUUUGAGGUUUGAGGUUGUACAGUCUUUUCUCUGAGCUGCAGAUUGCUGUACUUACACCCCAUUGUCACAAAAAAAGUUGUAUGCUUUCGAUUGGUUUUGGGUUUUUAAAUACAAAGAUAAUAGUUCAACAAUAAAACAGAUUCCUUUGGA